GCGGAGCAAAAAAUUGCUGCUCUCAAAUUCGGCGCGACGCGGCCCCUCCACCUCACUGGAUUUUGCGACGGAGUACAAAAAAAAUGUUAGCCACGAAAAAGGCAACGACGGAGCCUGCAUACCCAACACUUGAUCUGAACCCUUGAGGUGGACUUGCAUUAUUUUUUCCAGUCCCUACAACAUCGCGCCUGCUGAUUGUUUGAUAAAAGAAAAGUUUUUGCAGACGGCCAAGCUCGGAAACGGAUAUGUCUGUGCUGAUGGCGGCCGAGAAAUUCACUUGCCAUCAAUGGCGCGUCCUGGCAAUGCUGGCGUCCUUGCACCUGGUCAGGGCGAUGAGCAAAUCGAUGCAGGCGCCGCUCUACCCACCUGAGGCUGCCUCGAAAGGAGUUUCGCCGGCGGGCAGUGGCGCCGUUUUCUCGAUUUACGAACUCACCAUCUUCAUCAUCUGCCCCUUUUUAUCAAAGAUUAUCAACAAGACGGGCUACACCAUGUCCAUCCAUCUGGGAAUGCUGUUGACCGGCAUGAGCUACAUCUCCAUCGGGCUGCUCGACCUGUCGGAAUCGCCAGACACUUUUCUGUACGUUAGUGUACUGACCAGAGUGGUGGACGCCGUCGGCACCGCCAUCGUCUACAUGAGCGUGUUUGCAAUUGUGCUGGUCACUUUUCCCAACUCGGUCGCCUUCACUUACGCGAUUUUGGAGUUUUUCUACGGAUUAGGCUGCCUCAUUGGGCCCAUCGCGGGUGCCCUUCUCCUGCAGAACGAGAACUUCAUGGUGCCGUUCGUGUCCGUGGGUGGCCUGAUGCUGGUCAUCAGCUACGUCGCGCCCUGCGUUUUCCCGUCAAACUUGCCAUCGACCGCGGCGUUUUGCCGGGAAACGGACAAGAUGAACAUCAGCAGCGUGCUAAGCUCCCUGAAAAUAACGGCCAUCCAGGUGAACAUGGUGUGUAUCGCAGUGACCACAUCGGUCUACAGCUUUUACGCUCCGGUGCUCCAACCGCACUUGCUAAAGUUUGAACUGAGCCCGUUAGAAAUAAGCAUCACUUUUGUGCUCAUGUUCGGCACGGCCAUGGUGAUGAUGCCGGGCGCGUGUCUCUUGUGUGACGCGGGUGUGCCUGGCCUGUUGCUCACCUCCGUGGGGCUGGCGUUCAUCUUCACCGGCUCCUUAUUCAUCGGCCCGGUGCCCUUUCUCAGCGUGAAAAACAUUUGGCCCUUAUGUGCCGCCGGCUUGGUGGUUGCUGGGCUCGGGAUGGCCUUCGUGCUCGGCGGCUGCUUUGUGGACGGAAUUAGCGCCCUCAUUCAGCACGGUUAUGACGACGAUCUUGAAACUUUUGGCCUGAUGACUGCGCUUUUCUCGGCCAGCUACUGCCUGGGCGGCUUUGUUGGGCCCUUUGUCUCGGGGACGCUUUACAACUCGCUGGGCUUCAGAGCGUCCAUCUAUUUUGUUCUCAUGUCGACUCUGUUGGCGAUGGCCGUGAUCGUGGCGUAUGUGAUCGUGGGAGCAGUUGGAGACUCGUCAACUUCAGCCGAGCAAGGAAAGGAGGUGUCCUUUGAGGACGAAAGGAAAUAUUGCACGGACCAAUGCUCGCAAGACUGCAUUUAUGGAAGUGCCCAAGUUUUCUUCUAACACAGUUUGCCGACCUGGAAUAUGUUGAGACGCUCAGCUGCGUCCGUCAACAAAAAGCGCAGGACUCAAAAUACACAUUUUUACAUAGAAUUUUUUUGUCUCGAAUUCAAUUAAAAUGUAAUGUGUGAGUAAAGAAGGGGCAGCUUGUUAUAAAUUGUAAAUUUAUUACGCUUUGGUGCAAUGUUUAAGAGAAGAAUUGAAAGUCAAUUUUAUGUCACUUUCUGUACUGAGAUAUUCCUAUUCUUUUGCCAUAUUGGCAGAGCUAAAAUCAAAAUAUAAUUAUUUUUUUAUAAAAAUAUUUCACUCUCAAUAAACACCAUUUUAUUCGUAAAACAGUGAACUUUUAAUAAGCUUUAUGAAAUUAAAAAAAAUAUUAUGUUUAAGGGAUUUUUUUUUAAUUUUUAUAAUAUACUUAUAAAUUUCAUUUUGGGCUUCCUUUUAAUCAUAUAUUUUCAUUUAAUUUAUAAAUACAAUUGAAUGUAUUAAAAUGUUGAAUUAAAAAUCUGAUCUGAUAAAUU